AUGUCAAAGCCAAAGGUUGGAAUCAACGGAUUUGGACGCAUCGGCCGUCUCGUGUUGCGCGCAGCCGUCGAGAAGGACACCGUCGAUGUUGUUGCCGUCAAUGAUCCAUUCAUUGACAUCGGCUACAUGGUUUACAUGUUCACGUAUGACUCCACUCACGGACGCUUCAAAGGAGAAGUUCGAGCUGAUGGAAACACCCUCAUCGUUUCCAAGGAGGGAAAGGGCACCCACAAGAUUGCCGUCUUCAACAACCGUGACCCCGCCGAGAUUCCAUGGGGAACACAAGGUGCGGACUAUAUCGUUGAGUCAACUGGCGUCUUCACGACCAUCGAGAAAGCCUCAGCCCAUUUGAAGGGAGGAGCGAAAAAGGUCAUCAUUUCUGCUCCAUCCGCUGAUGCGCCAAUGUUUGUGAUGGGAGUCAACGAGAACCUCUACAACCACGAGAAUGACCACAUCAUUUCAAAUGCUUCGUGCACAACGAACUGCCUCGCUCCAGUCGCGAAGGUCAUUCACGACAACUUUGGCAUCCUUGAAGGUCUCAUGACUACUGUUCAUGCCGUGACUGCCACCCAGAAGACUGUCGACGGCCCAUCUGGCAAACUUUGGAGAGACGGAAGAGGCGCUGGACAAAACAUCAUUCCCGCGUCGACUGGAGCAGCCAAGGCCGUCGGAAAAGUCAUUCCCGCUCUUAAUGGAAAAUUGACUGGCAUGGCUUUCCGUGUGCCCACCCCAGACGUCUCUGUCGUUGAUCUCACCUGCCGCCUUGAGAAGCCAGCCGACAUGGAGACCAUCAAGAAGGUUGUCAAGGAAGCCGCGGAGGGACCACUCAAGGGAAUUCUCGCUUACACUGAAGAUCAGGUCGUGUCGACUGACUUCGUUGGAGAUACGAACUCGUCGAUCUUUGAUGCUGGAGCUUGCAUCUCCCUCAAUCCACACUUCGUCAAGCUUAUUUCAUGGUACGACAACGAAUAUGGCUACUCAAACCGUGUGGUCGAUCUCAUCUCGCACAUUGCGAAGGCC